AUGGAACUGCUCAAAGUGAAGAGAUACGCAGAACUCAUCGAUGAGUUCGCCAGGCAGGCCGAUGAGCCGCUACAAGUGGAGGAAACAUCCCUUGAAGAAAAAGGAACUAGCCAAAAGGGAAAAAAGGAUGUAAUAGAAAUUAUAGAAUAUUUUUCAAACAUGUUGGUAAAAUAUUUUUACAGUGAAGACCAACUUAACGAAAUUUCAAUCGUUGAGUCUGGGUUCGAUUCUGAGCAGCUGUGGCUGUUUAUUGAGUGUCUCAUAAAGGAGAAGAAACUGGACAACCUGCUUUCCUUUUUUGAAAAGUACGAAAGGGAGUUGGACAGUCGGGUAGGGAAUGGUACCGAAUCGGAGGAAUGUUCCGAUGAGGAAGAAGAUGCCACGGCAGGAGGGGCGACUCAGAAGAAGCGCAAAGUCAACACAGUCAACGGAACCAAGCGGGUGAAGAUGAAGGUGGGAGGACCCUCAUCUAAAAGGAGAAAGGUGCAUUUUUCAGAGGAGGGAUCAAAUUUCAGCAACGCUACCACCGUUAGUGUGGAUGGCAGCGAGGUUGACCAGAAUAAUGGAAGUGCUUCUGGGGGGGAUCAUUUUUUCGAUGAAGAUGAAAUGCACCAAUUUUUGGACAAAGAGGAGAGGAAGGUGUUACGUGGCCAGUCGGGGGGGAGCUCCAACGAGGGGGAAAGUGAUGACGGUGAUGAUAGUGGUGACGAUAGCGGAGGUGACGUGGACCUGAACGAGUUCGAGUGCGAUUACGAGGAGGGACGUAAGUUGAAGUACGGCGAUUUCUACCAAGGGGGGAAAAACCACGAAGAGGAUGACAACGACGAUGAGGAGGACGACGAAGAAGAAGAGGACGAAGAGGAAGAUGGAAAAUAUUCCGACGAGGAGGACGAUGAAGAAGAAAAUGAUGACGAUGAUGAGGAGGAGGACGAGAAAAGUGACGUGGAGGAGGAAGAUGAUGAUGAAGAAGAGGAUAGUGAUGACGAUGAAGACGAUGACCAUGGUGAUGACGAUCGGCGCGGGCGAAAUCGACGCAACCGAAAAGAGAGGGACGAAGAGAUCGAGCAAGAGCUCCAUGAAAUAAAUCAGUUUGACAGCCUGCACCGGGGUGGUGACGACGAUGCAGAGAGUAACGAUGCUGCAAGUGACGAUGCUGGAAUGGACGAUGCUAAAAUGGACAGGGAUAAAAUAGAGAAGGAACUGGUCCAAAAGAAGCACUGGUCUCUCACAGGGGAGGUGUUCGCACACGAUCGUCCCAAGAACAGUCUGCUCAACCUGAAUGUUGAUAUACCGAAGUUAAGUUCCGGUGGGAAUGACGCGUAUGUAAGUAAAGCUGUUGGAGAGGAGGAGGAUGACGAUGAUGAUGAGAACACAGAAGGGGCAGAUGGAAGCCAAACCGAAAAGGGAGGAAAAAAACAUCUUAGCAAAAGCAAGCGGAGAAACCUCCUGAAUGACGAAAUCGAAACGGUGGUGAAGCAAAGGAUACAGAAUAUGUUGUUCGACGACGUGGAAAAAAAACGAAUAGAAGACUUAGAUCUCCUAAUCAACGAGUCGAAAGAGAAGGAUGGCAAGGAAGACGAAGUGAAUUUUGAUCACCUGAAUUUUAACAAAAGUAAGCUGAGUCUAGCAGACGAAUAUACAAAAAAGUAUGAGGAGGAAAUAAAAAAAAAUCCAUCUGAAAAGAAGGAAAUAAAUUUGCAAAAAUUGGAGUUAAUGAAUCUAUACAAGAAGAUCAUCCACUGUUGUGAUUCGCUCUGCAAUGACUACUACCUUCCCAAGCCGGCACUACUCAAUCCAUCGAACAAGAAUGAUCAGUUUUCUAGUCUUCAUAUCGAGGAAACCGUUCCCAUUAUCCUGUCAGAGAAGGACAGAAGUGCACCUGAGCAACUGUUCCAACCAGGACACAUAAAACAACUCGACGAAAUGCACCAGAAGGAGAAAAAAUCCAUCAGAAAAUCUAACAAGGUUAAGAGGAAGAAGAAGUUACUUCACCUGUUUGGACAAAGCGGCAAAGGCAUCAGUGAACUGAAAAAGAGGAAUGAAUAUCUGACUGGUAAAAAUAAAAAGGUAAAGGAGGAGAAGGAAAGUGCCGCCAAGUACGGCGUAGGUUCCAAGAACCAGUUGCAAGGCAAAGGGCCUAGUCGCUACGAUUUCGCCGGGGCCAUCUCCCAGGCGCAGGCCCGUGACGCCAGGGGCCAAGCGGGGAAGCGGCAGAAGGGGUAA